CAGCUAAGCUGUAUACAAGAGAUUGAUGCCAGGCUGUCUCCUGGAAAUGAAUACGAAGUGGUUUUCCCUCCCCAAGAAGGUGUUCAGCAGUGGAUUGACAGAUUGCAGUAUCUUUCCAUGCAGUGUGUAGUGCUUCUAGAACAGCUGUCUUGGUUUAUAGAAUGCUGUCCAGAAGACCAGACUUUGAAUACCUCUAGGACAGAAAUAAAAUCUGAAGGGGUGGAAUUGAAUUCUUCCACUAUUCUAAAGUCACUUCCAGAACUGGAUCCGUCAGAGCUACAGUAUCUCACUCCAGUGAGUCCAGAACAGCUGCCUGCCGCAUGCAGGAUGCGAAAACAGGAUACGAUAUAUCAGCAGCUGGCUUCCAAGGUGAAAGAGAUGCUAGUAGAGGUGAAGGCAGUAAAAUCAGACGUGGACAGAAUAAAACAGGUGUCUUCUGAGACUCUUUUCCAUUCUUGGAAAAGCUUUGAAGUGUGCUCUUCAGGAGUGGAUUAUUUGCUGAAGGUUUCAACCCAACUGCAAGAUAUUGAGCUGUUGUUUACACCACCCGAUUCUCAGGUCAAUCAAAUUGGAUCACAGAUGGCAUUAAUCAGAAGUCUCAUAUAUAUCCAAGGAGAAAUUAAUAGCAGUGUGGAUGAUUUUGCUAUCUGGAAGACACAGCUCUUCAGUUCAAUUUCACACUGUGAAGACAACGAAACAUCCAAUGAUGGAUUUGUAGAACACUUCUCGGAAGAAAUAGAACUUGCAAUCCACGUUGUCUUGAGUUCUGUCCAGUGUUUGGUUGAAAGAAGAAAAGACAACGAGGAGAUAUUCCCAAAGGAAGAUGGGGAAGAAUCUUCAGUUGAUGGACUACAGACAGGGCAUUUAACUAAACUCUUAGAUGAAGAAAUUUGUUCCGAUGUGAAUUCUCUGCAUAUACAAAAAAUAAUUUCAGUCAUUUCUGAACUCUUGGUGGAAUUGAAAACUUAUGGCGAGGAUUACACUGCAUACAAAUGCAAGCUUUUUAAUCAGGCCUGCCAUUUGCUGGUACGGCUAAUGCCAAUUCUUUGCAAAUAUUCGAAUAUUGUCCUUUUCUAUCUCACGGUUUCCUUGGCCACACAUAGGAGCACUGCAAAAUUGCUUUUUGUCUUGACAAACAUAUUUACGGAAAUUGCACAGAAGGGUUUCUGUUUACCAAAAGAAAUCAUUGAGGAUGGGGGACAAGGAGGAACAGAAUUCCAUGAUUAUGAAGAUGGGGGCAUUGGAGAAGGGGAAGGCAAAAAAGAUGUUAGUGACAAGAUAGAAAAUGAAGACCAGGUGGAAGAUACUUACCAAAAAGGUCAGGAAAAGGAAAAGGAAGAUCCAGAUUCGAAACCGGAUAUUGAAGGAGAGGAUAAUGCAAUUGAAAUGUCUGAAGAUUUUGAAGGGAAAACAUAUGAUGGGGAUCAAGAAAAAGAAGAAGAGGAUGACAAGUCUGAUGAAGAUGAAGACUUGGAUAAGCAGAUGGGAAAUCUUGGAGAUGGAGAUGCUGACAAAUUGGACGAGAGGCUUUGGGGAGAUGAUGAUGAGGAAGAAGAAGAAGAGGAGGAGGAGGAGGAAGAAGAAGAUGGGAAAACAGAAACUGGACCAGGGAUGGAUGAGGGAGAUUCCGAAUUAGUGGCAAAAGAUGACAAUAUAGGAGUUGACAAUCAAAAUGAGAAGAAAUCACCCAACGAUGAAGAAAAAGAGAAGCAAGCAGAUGAUAGCGAAACCAAAGAGAAAAUCCAUGAACAAAUAGAUGAGGGUGAAUAUGAUGAGAAUGAAGUGGAUCCUUACCAUGGAAGGCAAGAAACACAACCUGAACCUGAAGCCCUGGAACUUGAUCAUGAGCUGAACCUAGGAAAUGAAGAUAUGGAUGAGGAAGACAAAGAAGAAGAAGAAGGAGAAAAUCCUUUUGAGAUUGAAGAAAAGGCGAUAGAUGUAGAUGAAAAGGAAGCAGAAGAUAAGAAUACUGGAGAUAUGGAUGAAGAUGGACAGGAUUCUGAGCAAGUCGAAAAAGAUCCUUCUGAAGAUAAAAUUGAACAAGAUAAAAAUGAAGAAGAUAAAAAUGAAGAAGGGACAGAGAAUUCUGAUGCAAAUACAGGCGAAGAAGAGGACUCUACUGUAGAAGAGCAAAAAGCUGAAGAGAAAGAACAGAACAUUUCCACUGCUGAUCAAGGCCUUUGUCCUCAGAAAAUUGAUGAAGCUGGUAAUGAUACCGAAAACGAAGAACAGUUACCUGAAGCUUUGGAAAGAAUGGAACAUGAGGCAUAUGGAGAGACAGGAGAAGAGAACCUGCAGAGCGAUACAGCUGUUGAGAUGGUUGGAACUGCAUCUGAGAAGGAUCAGGCAAAAGAGGAACACGGGAGUGGAACUUCGGAUGCCAAUCAGCCAGAAGGACAUGAAUCUGAAUUAAUGGCACAUCUGGCUUCACAGAAACAAAGCAGAAAAAAUACCCAGAGUUAUAAAAGAAAGCCAGGACAAGCUGACAACGAACGCGCACCAGGAGAUCAGAGCCAACCUGUUCACAAGCGACUGAGAACUAUUGAGUCUAGCCAGGAAGCAGACGAAAGACCAGUUCAGCCAGGACAACGUCAGGUGGAGGCUGACACCUUUGAGCAUAUUAAACAAGGCAGUGAAUCCUAUGAUGCUCAGACCUAUGAUGUAGCAAGUGAAGAACAACAAAAACCAAUUUUGCCUGUUAAUGAAGACAAUGAAGAAACAAUUUCUGACGAUCUGGCUAUGGAAACAGAAGAUCACGCUGCUGAGGAACUCAAAACCUCAGAGGUAGAAAAAUUGAAUCCAGAAGCAAAAAUGUCUGGGACUUCCAAAUCUGGACCUGAGCAGAUAGAGGCAGACAGCCAAGUUCCUAAUUCUGAAGAUGCUGAAGAAAGGGAAUCAAACUCUUUACUGCCAGAAGUAAAGCAGGACCGAAACAAGCACUCGACUAUUCAUACCGCUCAUCAGUUUUUGAAGGAUCCCAAUGCACAGCACAUUUUUAAAAACCCUGAAGAACUAAGGCAAGAACUUGAGAAGCAGCUUGAAGCCUGGAAGAUUAGAAAUCCUUUAGAGGGGGAUGCAGUAGCCGAAGAGAUGUGGCAGAGAUACCUUUUGCUCACUGAACCUCUUUCGCAGCAGCUCUGUGAGCAGCUCCGACUCCUCCUGGAGCCAACUCAGGCAGCCAAGUUGAAAGGUGAUUAUAGAACAGGAAAAAGGUUGAACAUGCGCAAAGUAAUUCCAUACAUUGCAAGCCAGUUCAGAAAAGAUAAAAUAUGGUUACGAAGGACCAAACCCAGCAAGCGGCAAUACCAGAUUUGUUUGGCUCUUGAUGACUCUGCCAGCAUGGUAGACAAUCACUCUAAACAGCUCGCAUAUGAAUCCUUAGCAGUGAUUGGGAAUGCUUUAACACUUUUAGAAGUGGGACAAAUUGCAGUAUGUAGUUUUGGAGAGACAGUUCAGCUGCUACAUCCAUUCCAUGAACAAUUCAAUGACCGAUCAGGAGCAAGACUACUACAGCUCUGCAAAUUUGAACAAAAGAAGACUAAGAUAGCUCAGUUUUUAGAAUCAUCAAUAAAUAUGUUUGCUGUAGCACAGCACUUGUCUUCGAACAUCAAUCCAGAAACUGCUCAGUUACUCCUAAUAGUAUCAGAUGGAAGAGGUCUGUUCCUUGAGGGCAAAGAACGUGUCAAAGCAGCUGUUCAGUCUGUACAGAAUGCAAAUAUCUUUGUUAUUUUUGUAAUAUUGGACAACCCUAAUUCACGGGAUUCAGUCUUGGAUAUUAAAGUACCUGUAUUCACACGGCCUGGAGAAUUGCCAGAAAUAAGGUCAUACAUGGAAGAAUUUCCCUUUCCUUUCUACAUAAUUCUCAGAGAUGUGAAUGCCCUGCCAGAGACUCUCAGUGAUGCCCUUAGGCAGUGGUUUGAACUGGUGACUGCUUCAGACAGUUUGUAGAGUGCGUCAAGCCUUCAUCGAAGCAUAUAAGCUGAUGUUCAAGGGAGCCAGAAAUCUAAGACCUCAAACUUGCAUUUUCCCUUCUCAGUGCAGGAAACUAUACAAUCCAUGAUGAACUUAAGACAUCAUCCCUAGUUUCCUUGCCAGUAUUGGGAAACAGUGAAAAAACAUUUUUUCCUUUUAUUGUUGUUGUUUUACUUUGAGUAUCGGUAACUUAUUCUAGCUUUUAUUUGAUAUUCUCAUCAUUAGGAAUUAGGCAGACUUGUUGAGUAGUAAGAAGCAAGCUUUGCCUCCAAAAGAGGAAGUUGAACUCGAACUGUUGAACUAUAAUAAAAAAUAGUUUGCUUUUAAGUCACCUGCAUGAGUGGACCCUGUGUUGAGGAGUUGGGGGAGAUUAAAUUUUACACAGCCAAAAAUAAUAAUAAUCUCCUUGAAUACUUGAAAUUAUUCAAUAUUGCUGAACGGUUGCUGCAAAUAUUUUGCUGCAAGGAUAUUUUUGUUACAUUAAAGACUGGAUUAUCAUUUUACACUGUGACUUUUGCCUUCUUUCCAAGGCAAUUACUAGGAAACACUUGCAAGGGACUUUUUCUCCCAACCCUUUUUCAUUGCAAAAACUAUGCAUUUUUUGUGAUUAUUAAUAAAGCCAUCCUUUUGUUUGUAAUUAUGGUGUCCAUUGUUUGAAAGAGUUAAUCAGGCCUGAAAUAAUCUAAAUAAGGAUUAUUCAAACUUGAGAACUAAAGUAAAUUCUGACACUUUCUUGAACUUGUCCAUUCUUGUAUGUAAACCAAACAUCAAUGUAAUGAUUAUACUGCACUAUUUCAUGGGGUCCAGAUGUGACUGGUACUACUGAUGCAGGGAAAGUUAGCAAUUAAACAGGAAGCAAUUGUAAAUGGAAGUUGGAGGAAAUAUAUCCUGUACAGAUACAAUAAUCAUAAAUUACAAAGGGGAUAUAUACUUUAUAUAUAUGUCAGUACUUGGAAAGCAGCAUCUGUCUGGUAUCUAUGAACAUAUAUCUCCCCAGGCCAAUAUUGAACUGAAAGCCAUGUGACACUGCAUGCAUUAGAACUUAACAUUGCAAAGUAUUUACAGUGCAGAAUUUAAAGUAUUUUGUGAGAGUCAGUUCGGUAUAGUGGUUAAGGUUAGAAAUUGGGAAAUCAUGAGUAAUAGUCCUGUUUUGGACACAAAGCCAACUGGAUAACUUUGGGCUAGUCAGUUUCUCUCAGCCCUAGAAAGGAGGCAAUGGCUAACCACUUCGGAAAAACUUUGCCAAGAAAACUGCAGGGAUCUGUCAAGGUAGUCUCCAAAAAUCAGACCCAGUUGAACAGAAGGAAGAGAAAUCCUUUAUAAUAUCGUGAAACUGCAGGUUUUUAAAAUUCCUAAACCAACCCUUUCUUACAAUUACUUAAUAUGAAGUUACUUAAAACAACUUUGCUAUAAAUAGCCUUAUGUAAGGUUAGACAUGUUGAUAAUUGGGAUAUAUAAUUAAUCAAAUCAUGAAGAUUGGAGUUGAUGUUUAACAUCGUAACUCUUCUCCAUUUUCUAAACUCACAAAGAUGUUCUGUUGGGUAAAAGAACUGCAUUGUUCCACUGGUUAAAUUCCUCUUCAUAUUUUUCUGCUUAAAAAUUAUAUUCUGUAAACCUUGGAAAUUUCUUGCUAUGGAUGACUCUAUUUUGGAUCCAAAUUUGGAGAAUAUACAGGAUGUGAUUUAUGUCAGGGUAUUGUGAUCUUUACCAACAGCGUAAAAUGGCUGUCCAAAAUAAAGUAGAACUACCUCAAAAGCUUCAGGCAUAAAGGAAGAAUACUGUAGUUUGCUGUAAUUUGAUAAAAAUAAAACCUGACAGCUCAAGAUA